AUGUCGAGACCUCUUCAUCGAGGUGUGUCGGGCGGCGGCAGUCGAUUUUCAGGCAACAGUCAAGAUUUUUGGGAGGAUUCUCAGAUGAAAGAGAAGUCAGAGAAGGAAGAUAUCGAUCGUAAUCGUGCAAAUGGAGCUGAUCAUCCACACUUAUCUUUUAGAUUUCCAUUUCGGUUUCUAUUUGCAGAUUGUUUAUCUUCAAAGAAUGGUUUGAGUGAGAACGGUUUUAUGUCCGACCCCUUUAGCCCCGUGCCCCACAGAAGCCGCCAUAAACUGACGCUCUCUCUGCUCAAAAUCAGUUUAGUUGCGAUUGUAUUUCUUGCUUUAACGGGCUCAUUCUGGUGGACACUGUCCGUGACUUCCGUAUCAAGAGGACAGAUUUAUCACGGAUACAGGCGACUUCAACAGCAGCUGGUAUCAGACCUUCACGAAAUUGGGGAGCUCACGAUUGGUUCCUCGAGGUUUAGGGAACUGAACUUCUGUUCUCAGGAGUCUGAAAACCAUGUGCCAUGCUUCAAUGUUUCUGAAAAUCUGGCCUCGGGACUUUCUGAUGGUGAGGAGUAUGGUCGGCACUGUGGGCUGGGUUCGAGAAGUAAUUGCUUGGUGAUGCCACCUGUCAAUUAUAGAAUUCCUCUUCGGUGGCCUGCUGGGAGGGAUGUUAUAUGGUUUGCCAAUGUUAAUAUUACGGCUCAGGAGGUUCGGACCAUCCUCGACAUUGAAUGUGGCUAUGGUAGUUUUGGUGCCUAUCUAUCAUCCAGCCAGUUAUUGACCAUGUGUCUAGCGAAUUACGAGGCAUCUGGCAGUCAAGUGCAACUAACAUUAGAAAGAGGUCUUCCUGCAAUGAUUGGUUCAUUUACUUCAAAGCAGUUGCCAUAUCCAUCUCUUUCAUUUGACAUGGUACAUUGUGCACGAUGUCGGAUUGAAUGGGACAAAAAAGAUGGCAUAUAUUUGAUCGAAGUCGAUCGUUUGUUGAGACCUGGGGGGUAUUUUGUGUGGACUGACCCGCUUACAAAUUCUCAGCGUUCACUUCGCAACAAAGAUAACCUAAAGAGAUGGAACACAGUCCGUUUGCUUACAGAAAGCCUCUGCUGGGAGAUGUUGCCACAGCAGGACGAAACUGUUGUGUGGAAGAAGACUAGUAAGAAGAAAUGCUACUCAACAAGGGAAAAUGGAUCCCCUUCUCUCUGCAAUAAAGGACAUGACAUUGAGACCCCUUAUUAUCGACCCCUCCAGUCGUGCAUUGGAGGAACUCAAAGCCGCCGAUGGAUUCCUAUUGAAGAAAGGAGAAAAUGGCCUUCCCAGGCCAAAAUGAACUCAGCUGAACUAGAUAUUCAUGGUUUGCACUCAGAGGAGUUUAAUGAAGAUGCUAUUAAUUGGAACUAUGCAGUUCGCAACUAUUGGUCCCUUCUUUCACCGCUGAUAUUUUCGGAUCAUCCUAAAAGGCCUGGCGAUGAAGAUCCUUCACCGCCUUACAACAUGCUGAGGAAUGUGUUGGACAUGAAUGCACGUCUCGGUGGAUUUAAUGCUGCUUUAUUGGAAACUGGGAAAUCUGUGUGGGUGAUGAAUGUGGUCCCUAUAAAAGGACUAAAUACUUUGCCUUUGUUACACGACCGGGGAUUUGUUGGGGUGCUGCAUGACUGGUGCGAACCAUUUCCAACAUAUCCAAGAACAUAUGAUCUGGUCCAUGCUGAAGGACUUCUCUCUCUUGAAUUUGAUGACAAGCCAAGAUGCCAAAUGCUAGAUUUGUUUGCUGAGGUAGAUCGUAUACUUCGUCCAGAGGGAUGGUUGAUUCUGAAAGACGGCACUCGACUAAUCGAGUAUGCAAGAUCUCUAACGACGCAUCUGAAAUGGGAUGCCCGAGUCGUCGAGAUCGAGAGCAAUAGUGACGAGAGGCUCCUCAUCUGCCAAAAACCGUUUUUCAAAAGACAGUCUGCGUGA